CCCAUCACUGAAAUUCAACCAGACUAGAGAUGUGCUGUUAUUCUCAACUUCAAUGUUUUGAAGUUGUUCAUAGAAAGUAGACAGGAACAGUUAUCCUGUGCUGUGGCCCUCUAACCUUUAAAUCAUCUACUGCAAAAAUGAAUAAAAAUACAUAUUUGUGAAAUAAUGUAAAAAAUGGUUUAGUAUGUCACGCUCAUGUUAGGUCAAAAAUUUGAUUGAUUGAGUAUGUUCAGACAGUGCAUACAGUUUGUCUCAUACUUUGGCAAGGAUGCCAAAAUGUGGGCCAACUGUUAAAAAUAUAUGUGAAUGGCUGAGGAAUGUGUCAGUUGUAGGGUCAAUGACAGCCAUUGUAGAUCUGGUCCCAGGCACAAAGUGACACACAGCAGACCUGCAGCUCUAUCACACUACUUCUACAGUUGUUAAUGGCUCACUUUGGUGUUGUAUAGCUCUGUAAACAUGAUGAUAACCAGCUGCUGCUCCAUGUUACUGAAUAAAGCUGUAAUGAUUGUACAUAGAAGGUGUGGAUCUAUCUGGUGAUAGACUGUGACCGUGGUCACUUUAGUUACACUAAAUGCUUAUUUUCCUCCAGGGCAAAGCAGGGAGCCCAAAUGUUCACUGUGCAGUAAUGACUGAUGUUAACACGAACCAACUUUGUUUGUGGAAAUGAAUCACUGAACUGUAAAGCUUAGUGAAUGAAGUGGCCUGGUUCAGACCUUUGUUUUGGUAUUAAAAUAAUGAAUAAAUAUAAUGAAUGAUAAAGUGGAGAGUAAAGUCAAGUUAGUCUGUCAGUUUUAUUCAAAUCACCCAAAACCACACAUUUUCCUGAGAGGGUUUUACAGUCUGUAAAGCAUAAGGGGGAAAAUUCCCCCAAAACACAUCACACAGCUCUCACUCACUGUUGUCCCAGUGUCAUGGUCCCUGACAUCCUGGAUAAGCUCUCAGGGCUGCUGCGUUCACUCACCUCCUCUACCAGCUGAGUGAUGGUCUGUGUGGGAACAGAUGAUACCUGCUCAUCAGCAUCAGAGUUGACCAGAUAGGAUUUUGACCAGCUUUUUUUCCUAUCCCCACACUGGCCUGUGGAGCAGGAUAUUUUUGCAGAAAUCUCCACUGCUGGCUCCUGACAAGCUCACAAUAUAAGAAAGUCCUUAGACCUUUGAAUUUCUUUAUGAUCUGUUUAGUUAAACAUUUAUCAAGUCAUAUCUUUAUUUUUGUCAAAAUGCCUUUAGUCACUUACAGCCAUGACUAUUUUAGUUCCUACUUCAAGCAUCCACUUCUCUGUGAAAACAAUAUGAAGUUGUUAUUUAUUUGUGUGAAUCUCUUCACAGUAAUAUCAUUACUUUCUCUCAGUUCUAGCUUAUAAUUGAACCAGUGACUGCGCAGGAGCUUCUCAGUUUCUUUCUUUUGGCUCAUGUGUCACAGAUUUCCCCUUUACCGCUCUUUGCAUUUUCACCAUUGCUCACACACCUGAUCUGAAUGUAUCGUGCUGUUUGCUUGGUUUUGUGAUUGUAAAUCCAGCAUGACACAUUUUAAAAAACCACACCUUUUCAGCACUCAGUUGAGCGCUGAGAUAAGGAACCUGCGCAGUUUGCCUCGCACCAGAGACGAUGUUCUCCUCCUGGUUUGGAUAAAGACUUGAAAACAACCAACCUGCCUUUCAAAAUGACUUCCAGAGGAAAACCUUUGACAGCUGCAUCUCUGUUGAUACUUUUGAUGAAAGUCUUCAGUGGAAACAGUCUGACAUGUCAUCCAGCAGAGUAUCAGACAGGGAAUGAAUGCUGUCCCAUGUGUCCACCUGGAAGUUGUGUUAAAACCAAUUGUACAGAGUUCAGAAGUACGUCCUGUCUGCCCUGCUUAGAGGGAACCUACAUGAAUCAACCUACUGAACGUACACAGUGUUUUCCCUGCACAAACUGUGACGCAGGUUCUGGUCUGAAGAUAAAGACUUCAUGUACAUCAACAUCAGAUACAGUUUGUGAACCACUGGAAGGAUUCUACUGUAUGGACGUCAAAGACAAAUGCUGUAUGGCAGCACAGAGACACAAACACUGUGAACCAGGACAAUACAUCAGUAAAAAAGGAACAGCCUCCACAGACACUGAGUGCUCUGACUGCACUGAUGGAACAUUUUCAAAUGGGACAUUUACAUCUUGUCAGCCACACACACAAUGUGAAUCAGUAAACCUUCAGCUGAUCAGACCAGGAACUGCUACAACUGAUGCUCAAUGUGGACACAGUUCAAACACGACAGUGACUGUGAUCAGCAUUGUAGUGCCUAUAGUGUUAUUAAUUUGCAUAUCUUUACCUAUAGUUUACAUUGUCAGAAAGAAGAGAAAAAGUCUAACAGACAACAAAGGAAAUACAAGAACUUCCACACAGGAAAAAGAAUACAGAGAUGGAAGAGAAGAACACUCCAUAAUAUGAACAGCAGCAGGAUCAGAGACAACCUGGAGAUAACAG